GUUUACUCAAAUUUAAAAGUUAGGAUCAAAACAUAAGUGAAGUAAUGGCGAGCCCAAAGAAAAUCGGUAUUCCUUGGCCGGAGUUCAACGACGGACUUUCCUAUGACGACGUGGUUCGACCCUCCGAUGCUGGUUUAACACUAAUUGAGUUUUACUCCACCAAGUACAAAAGUUCUGCUCCCUUGCAAGGUUGGUUGCAGCGUAUAAAAAGUGACCAGAUAACACUUGAUGCAAGAGUUGUUACUGAUCCAAACACAAUCCUCAGAGUUGGCUCAAAGCUAGUCUAUCAUAGAAUUCCGUGGAAGGAGCCUGAUGCACCGCACACCAUAGAAGUCUUGUACGAAGAUGAUGACAUUAUUGCUCUAAAUAAACCUUCUGGUCUGCAAGUUCUGCCUGGAGGUCUCUUCCAGCAAAGAACGGUUUUAACACAGCUUCAAUGGGAAACCAACAACAAGAGUACCAUUGAAGCACACCAAAAACCUCACCCUGUUCCAGUACAUCGCCUAGGGAGAGGAACUUCAGGAAUUUUAUUAUGCGCAAAGACAAAACUAGCUAGAGCUCGUCUUGCAUCUUAUUUUGCUGAUGGAACAUCUCGCAUAGAAGGAAAAGGACAUACAAACCAAGAGCUUGGGAAGAUUGCAAAGAUAUACCGAGCACUUGUGAGUGGGAUAAUUAAUAAUGAUCAGGUGACAAUUAAUCAACCAAUUGGAAUGGUAAAAUAUCCUGGUGUUGCUAAAGGGUUAUAUGUUGCUUCUCAAUCAGGGAAACCAGCACUCAGUGUAGUGCACGUUCUAGAAAGGAAUGUAAAAGAAAAUAGCACAUUGGUUCAGGUGAAGAUUCAAUCUGGACGACCACAUCAAAUCCGCAUCCAUCUCUCUUUCAUAGGGCAUCCUCUAUUAGGUGAUCCUCUUUAUGCUGUUGGUGGGCAGCCAAAAUGCUUGGACUGUGAUUUUCUUGAUGAGAGUUUUGCUGAAGAUGGGGGUUAUACAAGACCUAGCAAACCAGUUCCAGGAGAUUGUGGGUAUCAUCUGCAUGCACAUAGAUUGUUUCUCUCCCAUCCAAUAACUAAUGAGAUAAUCGAAAUGAUUGCACCCCUUCCUUCCAUCCUCCAAACACAUGAAGAGGCUAUUGCACAGGCGCAGCAGACAACUGCUUAGAUUUUUGAAGAUGGUUUGACUAUUGAAAGAUGCAACGCUGAUACUGAUGAUAUAGAUAGAUGUAUUUAAGAUGAUGUACCGUUGGAAGACAAAUAAAGUAGCCUUUUCUUCUACCAGGUUUGAGCAAACGCAGAAAUCCUCAUUUAGACAUGUGAAAUUAGAAAAAGAAAUUUGCCUCAAGUAGAAAUGUGAACGAACUUUGCUUCAAUUAGACAACGAACUUCGUACUCAUUUGACUAGCA